UGGAACACCCAUUACCUCUUAUCCCUACAGGUUCAUUACAUCUUCAUAUACCGCAAUGUCUAUCGGUGUCCCCAUCAAACUGCUUCAUGAGGCUCAGGGUCAUAUUAUUACUAUCGAGCUGAAGACUGGAUCUGUCUACCGCGGCACUCUCUUUGAGGCUGAGGACAAUAUGAAUAUUCAGCUCAAAGACAUUACUAUGACUGCAAGGGAUGGGCGUAUGACACAGCUGGAUCAAGUCUACAUUCGUGGAUCCCAUAUUCGCUUCUUCAUUGUACCAGACAUGCUCAAGAAUGCGCCCAUGUUCAAGCAACAAGGUGCAGCAUCAAUGAAGGGCAAGGGUAUUGGACUGGGCAGAGGCAAGGCGACAGUAGCAAGAGCACAAGCUCGAGGAGGUGGAAGGGGAGGUAGAGGAGGCUUUGGUCGUGGUGACAGAGGCGACUUCCGUGGACGCGGUCGUGGUAGAGAUUAAACAGGAAUAAAGAUAUACAUCAGCAAGGACUACAAUAAACACUUAACGUACCGAUUAUUUCUAGAUAUUUUUUAUUUUUAUUUUUCAAAUGAUCAAUCGACACAGCUCAAUUUUUCUUCAACCUGACUUUCCAAAUUUCCCCACUCAUAACCUAUUUGUAAAUCGCCUCACAGGAUUCCCCUCUUUUUUUUAUUUGCGCUUUAAGUGCCAAGAUUAUAAACGCCAAAUCAUGUUGAUGCAUAUGAGAUUUGGAACGGGAUUAAAACUCGAACAUCGGACAUACAUUAUAAUAUUAACGAAGAGAGACAGCGGUUAUUGGCA